UCGUAGAAUUUCGGAGAAAGUUUCAUCUCUGUUACGUUGGCAGUUUGACUGCAAAGAUGCUUCCAGCAGCACUCACUGUGUUGCUGACUCUAUUCAGCCUCAUUGAGUCAAAACAGAAAGACUUUUAUACUUUUAAAGUUGUGAACAUCAGGGGGAAGUUAGUGUCCCUGGAAAAAUACCGGGGUUCGGUGUCCCUGGUGGUGAAUGUAGCCAGUGAAUGUGGCUUUACCGAAGAGCACUACGAAGACCUGCAGCGGCUCCAGCGGGACUUUGGGCCGUAUCACUUCAAUGUGCUGGCCUUCCCCUGCAACCAGUUUGGGCAGCAGGAGCCAGGCAGCGACAAGGAGAUCGACAGCUUUGUGCGCAGAGUUUACGGAGUCUCCUUCCCCCUGUUUAGUAAAAUCGCUGUCGUCGGAACCGGAGCCAACAAUGUCUACAAGUACCUCGUUGAGUCUUCUGGAAAUGAGCCUGACUGGAAUUUCUGGAAGUAUCUCAUUGAUGUAGAUGGCAAAGUGGUGGAUGCAUGGGGACCAAAGGUUUCUGUCAAAGAAUUCAGACCCAAAAUAGCUGAAAUGGUGCGGCAGAUAAUCCUGAAGAAGAAAGAAGAGCUUUAACCUCCUGUUAAAAAACCCUUUGGUGUUAGGGUUAGAUUUAAAGACAUCAACUGAACACAUUUAUUUUGCUUGUACAAUCAGACUUUGUUAGACUGAACUAUUACCAAGUCACAAAGCGAAAGCAAGUCGUACUUGCUCUCUGAAAACACUGAUGAAACACCACUAUUUCUUACAAUUUCAAUAUCAAGAUUUAUAUCAGGUGGAUGGCAUAUGAAGCUGCAGCUUUAAACAAAGAGCUCCUGUUUUCCUAUUUGUUUGUCAUGUGGAUCAUGUGUUUUGCUUUUUAAUUCAGUCUGAUUUGUGUAAUAAACUUUU